AUGGCAAAACGUUUUGAACGUCAAUUGGAUAAAGCCACCGAUUCGACGCUUAUUGACCCAAACUGGGAUGCCAUUAUUGAAUGUGUUGAUUUAAUACGUGGAGGAGAAGUGCCCGUAAAAGCCGCCGCAGCUGCAAUUAGGAAGAGGUACCAUAACGAAAAUCCGCAUGUGGCUCAUCAUGCAUUAUUAGUCUUGGAAGCAUGCAUGAAAAACUGUGGUGUCAAGUUUCAUGCUGAAAUUGCAACAAGGGAUUUUAUGGAAGAUUUGAAGAAUCUCUCACUAGAUACAACACCAGAUAAGGUUAAGAACAAAAUACUGGAAUUGCUUCAGUGUUGGGCUUUGGCUUUCAAAAAUAAACCAGAAUAUAAAAUUGUAGUUGACACCCAUAAUUUAAUGAAACUAGCGGGUUUUGAUUUUCCGCAUGUUGCGGAAGCAGAUGCGAUGUUUAUUGCGGAAAGUGCACCAGAAUGGGCAGAUGGAGAGGAGUGUUUCAGAUGUCGAACAGCUUUUGGAAUCAUUACACGUAAACAUCAUUGCCGUGCUUGUGGACAAAUAUUUUGCGACAGGUGCAGCAGUAAACAAAGUUUUUUACCUCAGUAUGGUAUCGAAAAGCAGGUAAGAGUUUGUGAUGGAUGCUAUGAGAAGACAGCAACGAAAAAAACUGAUGUCAGUUGUUCGCAAAGUUUGGUACCGCUGUCAUCCAAAGUUGAUAAAUCAUCUGUUGAUGCGCAGAAAACAGCUGAACAGCGGGCUCGUGAAUUAAAGCAGGCUGAAGAAGAUGAAAUUAACUUGGCUAUUGCACUGAGUCAAUCAGAAGCAGAGGCACAGGAACGUGAAAGACAGAGGCGUCUUUAUGAAUUGUAUAAUGGUACUGAUAAUCUAAAUGAUGUUAAAUCUAAUGGAACUGCUGAUAAUGGAGAGCUGAAUAAAUCGGUUUAUAAAGGAGCAGCGCCCUCUAUUGGGGGCGACACACCAAUAUCGUCAGGUGCUGCUUAUGUAGAUCCAGAAUUGGCGAGGUAUUUAAAUCGGGACUAUUGGCAACAGAGAAAAAAUGAACAACUAAAUGCGGUGUCCACCAAUGACUGUCAUCAGAAAGUAUCAACACCAACUGCACCACCACCGAGUGAGUCAUCGCGUUGUGCACCUAGUCAUGAUCGUGAUGGUACUGUUUCAUUUGCUGCACCUUCAUUUGCUUCAACCACAAAACAGCUGGAAAGUGAUACUACCGCUGCAUCUCAUUUUAUUAGUGCUGAAGAAGAAGAAACAGCAGAAACAAUGGAAUUUUGUCGGCAGCUAGUGGAACAGGUUACUGUUAUGGAUAAUCGAAUUCGUUCCAACGUUGCCCGAAACCGUUCUGUUGUCAACGAUACUGCAAUACAGUCGUUGUUUAUACGCUUGACUGAAAUGCAUGCCCAAGUAAUGGCACGCAUGAAUAAACUAGAAGAUCAAAGAAAUCAUUUUGAAUCUCUUCAAGAUAGUUUAGCUCAUAUCCAGGAAGCUAGACAAGCCAUAGAUGCUCUAAGGGAGGACCAUGAACGCCAAAAGCAGGCAAGAAUUAUGGAAGAACAGCGCCUGAAACAGAUACAAAUGCAACAGAAGGUGGAUUUAAUGAGGCAAAAGAAACAUGAGAUGAUACUGCAUCAACGCCAAUUGGCACUUUUGCGUUUCCAGCAGCAGGAACGGGAAAUGCAAAUGAAACGGAUGCAAAUGAUGAGACAAACUGCUCAAAUGAAUCCUGCUGGUCAGCUUGCGGAAAUACAUUAUAAUCAAAUGGUUACUGAGCCUAAUCAAGUUGUCAUGCAAGGGAGUGGUGUUCCCCCUGGUUAUCCGCCGACCGCCUAUGUAGAUCAAGCACAAUUAAGUUAUGGCUUGCCAAUAACAGCGGCGGCACAGAGUUAUCCAUCUGGUGCACACAUGGUGCAGGAUAAUAUCACAGCUGCAACAGUUAAGCAGGGUUCGAACAUUGCAAAUUAUGCAUCAAUUCAUCCGUAUGCUGACCAGGGUUCGCUAGGUGUGCAGCGACUACAAGAGCAACAACAAUCGGAUAUAUCAACAUCGAAUUAUCAGUUGAAUGCAGCUCAGUAUUCAUCACAACUUGCAGCCAAUAAUACGCCAACUUACAGUGUUGCUUCGCAGUCUUCCGUUUCACGAGCUUAUCCCAUAUAUCAGCAGCAGUUGGAACCUGCUGUUACACUUCCAGGUGGGCAACAGCAGCAGCAAAUUCAGGCUACCGCAGCUAAUAUUGGACUUCAAAAACUUACUCCUCAGGAGCAGCACAAGCCUAGUUUUAUACCAUCAACGACAGUGCCAGCAACUCUAAAUCAACAUAAUCGGAUAAUACAGCCUUUUUCACCGUAUUCUUUGUCAAAUGAGAUGAUAUUGGAGCAACCUGUCCAAAACAUUCAAUAUUCAAUGCAGCCUCAAACAAAUGGAGAACCGCAAUCGCAGCCAACAACGCAGCCAGCCGAAGAACUUCUUAUUUCAUUCGACUGA